AUGAUUCACAGUCUCCUCUACCGCCUGCUCUGCACGCAGAGGGCCCCCCUGCUGCGCACCAAUACUCCCUCUCCCCCCUCCAUCUCUUUGCACCAAGCCAGCGUAACGCUCCUUCUCGGACGCUCGCACCCACCCACCCACCAGCCCACCUACCAACCCACGCACCUAUACGUCGACGCCUCCAGCCACGGCGUCGGCGGAUUCCACCAUCCGCCCGACGCGCCGCUAGGCUCGCUACGGCCUUCGGCCACGUUCUUCAUACCCUUCGCGGCGAACCCGCCACAGGCGCAGUGUUUCCGCGAGCUGGCGGCGGUCCGCCACGCGCUGGGACUGCCCGGGAUUAGGGGGCCGACGGUGGUGCAUUGUGACAACGUGGAGGUAGUGGAGGCGAUAGCCGGCAGGGCGAAGUACAGGAGCGAGAGGUGGGGGGGCGCGGUGGGGGAGCUGCACAGGCAUGCCAGGAACAAGGGGCUGCAAGUCAGCGUCGAGUGGACCUCGAGUAAACAUGAGAGGAUGAGGUUGGCCGAUGGGUUGUCCAGGGGGAAGGAUGUGAGUGCUGUUGCGCCGUUGCUGGUGAGGAGUGCGAAGCAGAAGGUGCAUGGGAGAUAG